CUCGAGGUCUCAUAACCCCCGCAGGACGGUCCCUUUCCUUCUCUCUUCCUUCAGGCGCAGCGCGCUCGCUCAUUUCUCUCUCCCCUUCCUCCCCCCGGACUCUCGACAAAGAGUUUAGCAAAGACGGACAGACUAGACAAGAUCAUCAAGACACGAAUCAAAUUCCGAUGGCGUUCAAUAUGAAGAGAUCCUCUGGCCUUGAUUUCUCCGACAGGGGGCCUGCUCUCGACGCUCACCCGGAUCUCACCCUCAAUAUGGGCAACCCCAACCUCCAGAGGAAUAAGACGGAGAGACAGCGCAUGCAGGGUCUCAUGCGCAACACGACUCUGCGCGGGCAUUCGAAUGGCGAGCAGACGGGCGCCAAUAAGAAAAUGUCCAUGAAGGAACGCUGGGAUAUGUGGAUGCUCAACGAGGGCGGUCGGAGGAUGUUCUUCUACGCCUUCCUAUUCUUGCAUAUCUUAGUCUUCACCUUUGGAUGGUUUCAUUAUGCGUUGAAGGAUAAUUUGGUUGGCUCGCGGGCGACGUUUGGUGUAACUUUCGUUAUUGCUCGUACUGCUGCUCUCGUCCUUCACGUGGAUGUUAUCUUCAUCCUCCUCCCCGUCUGCCGGAAUUUCAUUUCUCUACUCCGUCGCACGGCUCUCAACGACGUCAUCCCAUUUGACAAGAACAUCACGUUCCACAAAGCAGUCGCAUGGUCGAUUGUGUUCUUUUCCUUUGUGCACAUCGCAGCGCACAUGGUGAACUAUGCGAAGCUCGCGAUUGCAGACACAGAUGCGAAGACGACGGGCCAACGUGUUGCGACGUUCAUCAUCGCAAACAUCAUCACUGGACCCGGUGCAACUGGAUGGAUCAUGACUAUUGCCCUUGGUGUGAUGGUGUGGUUUGCCAUGGAGAAGCGUCGCCGUGCCCACUUUGAGCGAUUCUGGUACUCGCAUCACUUGUUCAUUGUAUUCUUCAUCAACUGGCAACUUCACGGUAUGUUCUGCAUGAUCAAGCCAGACAGGCCGCCGUACUGCUCAUACAACACCAUUGGUGUCUUCUGGCGCUACUGGCUUGUUGGAGGAGUGAUCUGGAUUUACGAACGUAUCCUUCGUGAAGUCCGUUCCCGUCACCGCACCUACGUCUCCAAGGUCAUCCAACACCCUUCAAAAGUUAUGGAAAUCCAGAUCAAAAAGGAAAAAACGACGACCCGUGCAGGACAAUACAUCUUCCUCUCUUGCCCUGAAGUUUCUUACUUCCAAUGGCAUCCGUUCACUCUCACAAGUGCACCCGAGGAAGAUUACAUUUCCGUACACAUUCGUAUUGUUGGGGACUUCACUGCUGCUUUCGCUAAGGCUCUCGGAUGUGAUUUUGAUUCUAAGGACAGGCCUGAGAAGGGAGAUGAGGGUAAAGUCAUCCCGCCACCUGUCAACCGUGUUCUUCCACGUGUAAUGGUCGACGGUCCAUUCGGUUCCGCAUCCGAAGAUUUCCUGAAAUACGAAACUGUUCUUCUAGUCGGUGCAGGUAUCGGUGUCACACCCUUCGCAUCGAUCCUCAAGAGUAUCUGGUACAGGAUGAACGGAUUCAACAACUCCAAACCCACACGUCUCUCCAAGGUCUACUUCACUUGGGUAAUUCGUGAUUUCGGUUCAGCAGAGUGGUUCCACUCGUUGUUGAAGGCCAUUGAAGACCAGGAUACGAUGAGGAGGAUUGAGAUUAGUUUGUAUUUGACGGCGAAGAUUAAGGAUGAGGAUGCUACGAAUAUUAUGGUUCAGGAUGUUGGUGCGGAAAAGGAUGCGAUUAGUGGGUUACGUGCUCCGACGCACUUCGGCAGGCCGAAUUGGGAUCGCGUGUUCCCGUCUAUCGCCGAGAAGCAUCCUGAUACUGAUGUUGGAGUGUUCUUCUGUGGUCCAUCGGCACUCUCGCGCGUCUUGCAUAGCAAGUGUAACAAGUACUCGACCCCGAAGGGAACGAAGUUCUUCUUUGGCAAAGAGAACUUCUAAGCACUGGAUCAACGUUCCUCACGGACGCAGGCGGCAUCUCCCUGUAUCCUAUUCCCGUUCUCACUCCUUUAUCCUUCCUACCUAUGGUCAUUCAUUUCUUUCUCGUCCGAGUCUUUCGUUAUUUCGCUGUUGUUCAUGUCAGGAAGGGGUAGGAGGAAAAGAAAUGAAUGUAGGAUAUACAUAAUUAUUUCUCUGGUUGGAAGGAAAAGGAAGGAAGCAAGGACUGAGGAUAUUCUCUCUCUUCUCUCUCUCUUUCUCAAGGAUAUCAACUUCAAGGAUGAACGAAGGACGAAACCAGUAGUAUCUGUGUCUAGUGUCAGGUGAUCUCUCUUAUAGAAGUGGCCCAUUCGUUCGUUUUAUUUUCGGAUAUCAAUUCUCUGUGUCUAGUUUUAGUUAUAUAUGUCUAUGUCAGGUUUUUGCCUUUAUUUGUUGUUUAUCAGCGUAUUCAAUUUGCUUUCUUUUUUUCCCUUCUUUUGGAUAAUAAUAAUAUAAGUUU